GAGUCCAGAUGGCUGGUGCUUGCUUGCUUAGAUAAAACUAAAGUUGACUAGAUAUUCUUCUUUCAAUUCGUCAGUUUCCUUCUCCUUCUACAGUAAUUAAUUGAGGUUGUGGUAAAUAUGGCGUCGUUCAUGUGGUGUUGUUUAUUUAAAGUAUUAAUUCUUGUAAGUUAUUUUUUAAUAUGCAUAGAAAGCAAAUCUCAAUUAAUGAGUUUAAAUGAAGACAACUGGGAUUUAAUGCUGAAUGGAGAAUGGAUGGUUGAAUUUUAUGCACCAUGGUGUCCGGCUUGCAAAGCUCUGCAGUCCUCUUGGGAGGAGUUCUCAGGGUGGAGUAAAGACUUGAACAUCAAGGUGGGCCAGGUGGAUGUGACGGCCUCGCCCGGCCUCAGUGGCCGCUUCAUGGUCACCGCCUUACCGACCAUAUUCCAUGUGCUGAAUGGUGAAUUCCGACAAUAUCGAGGGGCGAGAGACAAGGAGUCGUUCAUUUCGUUCAUUGAGGAAGACAAGUGGAAAUCUGUAGAUGCGAUCCCAGGAUGGAAGUCUCCUGCAUCAUUCCAGAUGUCCGUUGUUUCCUACUUCUUCAAAAUGUCACAACUGCUCAGGGAUUUGCAGAUUGCUACAAAAAAAGCUGUACACACACGGUUGAUGGAGGAUUAUGGAUUGCCUACUUGGGGAUCCUACUUGAUAUUCGCUGUGGCAACGAUCAUCAUUGGAGCUCUUCUGGGAUUGUUGUUUUCGCAGGUGGCGGUGUGCACCAUUGACUUGUUCUUCCCACCCAAGAGCAUGUCACCACCCAGCGUCAAGCAAAAACACAAGGAGAAAGAAAUGGAAAUAGAGGAAUCUGAUGAUGAUGUUGUUGUGGAAGACGACAUAGUCGAUGAAAACACCGCAGACUCAAGUCCUGUACGCAAACGUAAAGCUCGCAAAGCAGACUGAUAUCUCACGACGACCAAUUAUUAAUCAAGUCACCAAAUAUGAACUACUUGAAUCUAGUUAAUUCUUUCUAAGCGGCACCUUUUUUUACACAAGAAACGGUUUUGUUGACAAAGUUGUUGAAGAUUUUUAUACAACAAUAAAGAGCUAUUAUUUUUGUAGAUUUUGUUAAUGAAACUGUAGCGAAAUAGUGAGUGCAUUUAUACUACUUUAAGUCAUGUAGCUGUAAUCGUUGUUUUACUACGUGUAGGGACACAAGUAUUAUUAAUUUGUUGUCGGUUAAAUCUUCUUGAGCUGUGUAUGGUACUUCUUGUAAUGUUAAGUAAUAGGUAGAUAUUUACUUGCCUGAAUUAGUGAGAAGAACUAAUUGACUAAGAUUUUGUAAUAGUUUUUUAUUGUAUAUUUUUAUACAUUAAUUUAAUGUUGUAAUUUAAGUGUCCAACAACAUGUACAGUAAUAUAUAAUGAUUGAGUUUUAUCUGGUUAUAUAACUGCAAGGCGUACUAGAAUGCUUACUCAUCAUGCUUGAAGUGCUUAUUAGGGACUUAGUCAACAGGAUGGAGGAAGGAAUUUAGACCAAAGGACAGUUUGAUCUUAUCUUGAGUGAUAAAUUAAGUUUGAUUUGUUUAUAAAAUAACAAAAAAAGUAAGAAGGUAAGUUUUAAACAUUAUUUCUGUUUAAAAGUUCUUUAAAAGAAUAAAAAUAAAAAGGAAUAAGAAAUUGAUAUUUCCAGUUGUAACUUCAUCAUGCAUACAGCUUAACAAACAACAUUACUCUAAAAUCAGUGUAAGUUUAUUGUAAAUAUUGUGAAAAUAAACCUAUUAUCUAUA